GUGGUCAGGGAUGAUGGGAAUUGUAGUCCCAAAACAUCUGGAGGGCCGAGUUUGGGGGGUGUCUGGCCUAGAGUAUUUCUGCUAUGGGACCAUGGGCACAGCCGGGGUGUGAGUGUGUGCAGCUGCCCCCCCCCAAUCAAAUAAGUCAGUAAAAAUACUUAACUGGCCAAUCGCUUCGCAGGUAACUCAGUACUCACCCCCCCCCCCACCAAAAAAAUCCUGAUGUAUGGGGCAGCUAUAUAAAUUCAGUAAGUGAAUAAAUAUGCGGCAAUUCAGCCCCGCGAAAUGUGCAGCAAAGCGGCGCCUUUCCGGCCGUUGAGUGCCCCUCUCGAGAUCCCUGCCGCGGCCCCAUCGGAGAGGCUGCGGCGCCGGCGCGGUAGCUGUGGGCUGUCCGAGCCCCCCUUGGCUUCCCCCCGUUGCAUUUCCGUCGGUUUAAAGGAAGGCGCGGGAGCUUGGUUUGCAACGGAAAGGGAGCCUCUUUCUCGGGGGUGUCUCCCCUGUUCUCCCUCCUCACUGUGGGACAGUCGCUUGGCUCGGUUUUCUCUCCCGAGUUAUUUCUUUAGCAGGGACACAGGUGAGACCUCCUCCCCACCCGCACCCCUUAGCAAUUCUUCCCUCCCCACCUCAAUCCCUCCAUGGGGCAAGGGAAGCGGUGUCAAGGCUGUCCGCCGUCGGGGACAGGAUGCUGGGUUAGAAGGAGAGGCUUUCCCGAUUUGCUCCAGCGGGGCUCUUCUGUUCUUGGAUAGAAGGAGCGGAGAGCAGGCUUGAAUGCAAUGGCCCAGGACCACCAGAAAAUCACUCGCACCAUGCAAAUCAGAAGGGAUGAAUCAGGAAUAAUUAAGACAAAUGCGGAUCUGGGAGCAGGGAGGUUACCCAAUGCAGGACGCAGUUCAGUAAGGGAACCACCAAGCCCCAAACAGAUCGGUGCUAAUUAUUAUUAUUAUUAUUAAUUGAAUUUAUAUACCGCCCUAUACCCCGGGGUCUCAGGGCGGUUCACGGUAUAAAAUCAAGAUAUAAAACCACAAAAUACAUAAUAAAAACAAAAACCCAAUAGCCGGGGGGGGGGCAUUUUAAAAGGGCAUAGGAUGCAAAUCAGAUCAACCCAAAGGUUUGGUUAAAAAGGAACGUGAUUAGGAGUAUGCAAGAUUCUAGUCCUUAUUUGAUACCCCAAGAUUCCAGAGUACCUAUUCUAGUCAAUAACUCAAGAUUCUAGUCAAAACUUUGUCAUACAUUUAUUCCCAGCGGCAGCUUAAGAAAACAGUGUAAGGACAUAAAAUGGCUGGAUGACGCCCAUCUGGUCCAGCAUCCUGUUUUCACAGUGGGAAGCCCCCCAAGCAGGUCGCAUGAGCUCUCUUGACUCCUGUGGUUUCCAGCAACAGGUAAUUGCUUCUCCCAAAGAAUCCUGGGAACUGUAGUUUGCUAAGGUUGUGCUGGGGAUUGCAGAUUGUAAACUAUAGUUCCCAGGAAUCUUUUUUUUGGGGGGGGUGUGCUUUAAAUGUAUGGCCACUCAGUAGCCCAUACAGUACGGACUUUCAGAGCCUUAGAGAAUAAUAGCAGCGUAGAGUUGGAAGGGACCCAGUGCGGUCAUCUAGUCCAAUCCCACUGCGCUGCAGGAAUAGCAACAAAGAUCGCUUUGUUUACCUCCUGUUGCUUUGACUUUCCAGGCAGUUGGUGCUGUGGCGGUGCCUGUUGCUGGAUUGGCCUCGGGUUUAAAGGGACGACACAGGUGUGGAGGACCUGGACAGGAUGCCGAGAGGCAGGAAGAAAGAAAACAUCCCUCCUUUUCUGAGCAGCUAUGUGGCGUCUGAGCAAAGAAACGUCCAGAGAAACAUCAACAUCAAUCUGUACCUGUCCACGGAAAGGCAUGUAGCAGCCGACUCUGUUGUCCGCAGGUCAGACUGCGGAGGAGCGAGUGUCCAGGGGAUAAAACGGGCUGCGUUCACGGAAACGGGAAGCAAUGACCUUCUGCAACACCGUGCGGUUCAGACCAACCUCUCUUGCCCUUAUUGGCCUUUCCAGGACGACACUGGUGGCUCUUUAUCCAAAAGGCAAAACAACCUAGCGCCGAAACUGCAGAGGGGUGCCUCUGGAGACUCAGAGUUUACCAGCGAUGCACCGACUUCAUGCGCCUCUCUCUGCUCAUGCUCAGAGCAGCUCGGUUUAAAGGGCAACCCUCCGAGCCACCUCUCGGGUCGAAGCCACGAUGUCUCUCAUGCUUGCGGCACCCUCUCCAAGAACAGGAUGGGAAGCGAGGACCAACAUGGGUCAAAAGCAAGCCGUGUUUGUGCGUCGGGAAGAAUCUGUGGGCAUCUCGGCGACUGCGGAGGUUGCUUCUCUCCGGCCGAAUUGUCCGUGAUAUCGUCUCCUGGCUCUGUUUCCUGCCGGUGUCCUCCUACAAGCGACGACUCUUUGCAUCGUGGGCCAGGCCUUACAUUGGAGCAUUUGAACUCUUCGACCUUGUCGGAAAGCGCUCAGUCUUCUGCAGCGCUCCAGGCCCUCUUGAAGUCUUCCCGGACGUCUGCCGACCUGCACAGUUCCAUCCGGCAGCUCAAGCGAGAAGCCACCUUGAUGGGGGCUUUGGGCUCCUCCCCCUGGGAGUCCAAGCGUCCUCUUCUCCCUUGCCAACCACUCCGCAAUCCUCAGGUCUCCACCUCGACCGUGCUGAGUGCCACGGAGCAUCUUGCGGCGGGAGAGAGCUACGCCAGGCAGGCCAACGUUAAAUGGCAAGCCCCUUUUCCUAGGGACUGGGGUGGCAAUUCCAAGGUGGGCAAACCCAUCUCCGUUAUCUACAGGGGCGAAAACGCUGGAUUGCAGACCUUCCCAACAGAGGCCUUGGACCAGUCGGGUUUCCGUGGUGGCGUUGAUCUGACCUCGCUGGCACUUCGGGGAGAAGACCGCUAUUCCAAAACCUCCAUUCGCUACCUUGAAUGUUGCUCGGGCGGCGCCUGGCGGACUCCGGAAAGAAUGGGUGCCUGCGGCUGUUCCAAGACCCACUGCCACCGAAGGAUGGCUGAUCCGGAAGAGCUUGCCUCCGGAGCGUUUCGUCGCUCAGAGUUGAGUCUCUCGGAGCAUGCCAUGAGUCUCCUUUCCUUCGACAGCUUGGAGGUCUCCCUGGAGGCGUCGUGCGGCGAGGCUCCGGCGAACCUGGGGUCUCCUGUGCACGUCCGCCUGGCCGUGCAUUCUCCUGCAUGCCAGUUUAGGAACGGUGCCCAGGAUUCUGAUGUCUGUGAAGCUGGGAGCGAACUAGGAGAGGACAGCGGGGGGCCCACACUCUCCGCGGGGGAGCACGCUGCGGAUCUGCCCCAUUGGAAGAUCAGUCGCUUUGGAGAACAUUGGCAGGCUGCUGAUAGUAUAGGUGCGGCCGUUGUUGGGAGAAGUGCCAACGGUUCCCUGAAUUCCACGCUCGGCGACUGUUGGCGUGAUGCGGAAAAUGGUCAGGGAGGAGAGCCUUCAGUGGAACAGACUUGGAAAGGGACCACAGCAUUGUACGAUGAGGAGAUGGAUGAUAAGCAAAAGGAGGACCUGGAAUCGAUGGAGAAGAGAAACAGGCCUUUGCCCCAGAGGGUGGACCCCCAGCUGGAGAAAUGCUUUGUGGCCUGGCGCAACCACGUCUCUGGGAAGACGACCGCUGCCCGGGCUCUGUAUGAGCACCAGCUGUUGCGCAAGGGGCUUGCUGCCCUGCGGUGGGCCGUGCAGUUAAGAAAGGUUCAAGCAGGCAUUGCCCAGAGGAACCACAUUCUGGCAGUGCUGGCUGCCAGCUUCUGCAGGUGGCAGGAUGCUGUGGCAAAGCAGCGGAGGGCCCAAUCUUCCCAGCAACAGGAGGCGGCGAGCCCCAGCAGAAGCCCACUGGCAACCCCAGGAAGAGGGGGAGUAAGGAUGUCCCCCAAACCUUGCCACCUACCUGUGGAACACCUGGAAGACGCUGCCCGAUACAGCAGGGCGGAGGGAAAUCUGUGGACGCAGCUUCGUCGCCAGCAGGGAGGGGGCGAGACCUGCAGAAAGGCAGCGGCUCUACGGGAUGUGAGGCGCCUGGCUGCUUUCAGAUUGUGGCGCCUUCAGAAGGAGCGUCUGGAGAAAGAGGAGAUUCGCGCCCAGGAAGCUCUCGCCCUCCUGGAGAAAAAGAGGCUGGCGAGCGCGUUUGAGGCCUGGCAUUCCCGCUACAGGGCAGCCCGGCGGAUCCUGCCACUGGUGACUCAGGUGCAGAGAGGGCUGCUGAGCCGCUGCUUCCAGACCUGGAGGACCAUCACCGACCGGGAGGCGCUGUGCAGGCACAGCAGGGAAUGCCUGCGGCUCGAAUCCCUGAGGGUUCAUUUCCAUCAAUGGGCCCUGAUGAUGCAAGUCCGGGAAAAGGCCAGGAAGACUCUGCUGGAGCUGUGGGCCUUGAAGUGGAGGAGAACCCACGCAGGGAACAUGGAUGUAGCUGAAAAGCUUCCUGCAGCACAAGCGAGGUGGUCCCAAAAGAGUGGUGCCGAUUCUCUGGACGGCUUCUACCGCGCAUUAACGUUGCAGCAGGCGUUCCGGACUUGGGAGUCAAGGUGGCGGGAAUCCCAGCAGGCAACUGCUUUCCACCGAGUCUCGGAAAGGCGGCAGCUGAGAGGAGCUCUUGGGCUCUGGCACCGGAAGACCCUCUCCCUGCAUCCUCUUGGACUCGGCCCCAGGGACCUCGCUGAGGACCUUCUCCUUGCGUCGCCGGAUUCCGAGGAGUCUUCCCUGUCCUCUGGUUUCCAUAGCAAUGUGCCUGCUCCGCCUCUCUCUGGCGGUUCGCUGGACAAGGAAGGCAGCUCGGAGGCCAGUAGCCAGGCUAGCAUCUCCUCGUCGAUGACGAUUGAAGACUCAGGGCACCUUCCUCAUCACGGCUCCCCAUCUCCCAGCCAUUUACCCAGUGACUCCCAAGAUGUCGCUGCUGCAGAUCUCCUCAGGCAAGCGCCCUCCCCUCUGGGUAAUGGCCACAUCCAGAAUCAGAGGCAGCUGCUGGCGAAAUGUUUUGCGUUUUGGUCGGCCAGGACUGUGCAGAACCUGAAGGCAGAGCAACACGGCAAGCGGGCUCUCCUCUCCAGGGCUUUCACCUCCUGGUCCGUGGCAGCCAGCCGCCGUUCUACGUGGCACAGGACUCUAGCGUGGUUGGAGAGUGCCAGGGGGCAGCGUCUUCUGGCGUCCUGCUUCGGGAGGUGGAAGGCGGAGUUCCUGAGAGCUGACCAGCGACGGAAAGACCAGUGCCCACGGCAGAGACCAGCGGGGUACGGGGCAAUGUGGCGAUGGAGGAAAGCGAUCAGUGGGUCCCGGGCUCUCCGUUUUAGAUCCGUCAGCCAGGCCAGCAGCUACUGGACGAGAGCGGCCACCUUCCGCCACUGCGUCCGGCAGCAGAGUGGCUUCCUCGGAGCCCGGAAAUUCCUGAAAGUGCCCCUUCUUUGGCCAAGCAGGCGCAGGCGGACGAGCGACGAGGCUCUUCAGUCAGACUUAGCCAUCCGUUCCAGGCUGACAUGCAGCUCUUUCCGCGUCUGGCUGACGCUCUACAGAUGCCAAAGCAAAACCCUGGGGCCACAGUGGGCCCCCAUGCAUCUGGAGGCAGUAGGACAAGGCAGCAGACAUGGGUGGAACCAGGAGAUGAUGCCCGAAAUGACCCCAUCCGUGGUGGGCAGGAGGUGGCUUGGGAGGAAGUAUUUGGCACGGUGGAGACACCAUGUCCUCCUGCGCCGAUUCCAGCACAGAAAGGAGAAGCAGCAGCUGGCAAGGGCAUGGGUGGUUUGGAAGGAUAGCUGCCAGAUAGAGCUGGCAGUGCAAGCUUUGGUGAGGCAGAGGCUGGCGCAGUGGAGCUGGGUGGUCUGGAGGCGGCGCUGCCUGCAGAGCUGGGUGGCUGAGCGUUUUCUGGCGGGCGAAGAGAGGCAGCUUCUCGAGCAGGCUUUUGGAAGGUGGCGGCAGCUGGCGGCCUCCUGUUCAGAGGGCAGAGGUGACUUCUAGCAGGCCGAAACAUGUUUUUAAAGAUUUCCGGGGCAGCGAGUGAGUCUGCAGGCAAAAGGAAACGGCAGCUUUCCACCCCCCAUUUUGCCUGUAAAAGCCUUGGCAACUGAACAUUCUCCAGCCUAUCAGAUUGCCACUUGGAAAAGCCCAAAACCUUUAUAGGAAGCAUGAGCUUCCCAUCACAAAUCUCUUCUCUGUCUCUCUCUAGUGGAACGAGCACUGGUCAAAUUUUUAUUGCUCAAUAAAACACUAGCAGCCUCAAAGUCUUUUUUUCCCUUCUUCCUUCCUUGCAAAGGCACAGUGCCAAUCGGCUGGUCUGCAAAUCACAGCUGGGCAACUGAGUCAUAGGCUGCUAUACAUUAAAGUGGAUUCCCCUGUCUCAAUGGCUGGAAUUCAAUGCUGUAUGUGUCUCCUGCAUUCCUGUGCCCAUUUUAUAAGUAGCAAACUGAGGGCAUGGUGGCCAGAGCCACCUGGUGCAUCCCUUCUUUGUCAGGCCUUUGUAAAUCCUUUAUGAACUUUCAUCUUUUCAUACCAUAAAUAAGCGUGCCAACCAAAAAUAUUAUCAUGACCUUCUAAGUCUAAGCUAUAUGAAUUUUCUAAUGUCAUCCCUUCCUUCAGCCAGCAAAGACAGG